AUCAUCUCGUCCAUCGAUACCUCUGAUCCGACGUGAUCACUGGUCAGCGGCCCACAGAGCCCAACCUUUGGCGCUGGAGGCGUGGCCUCAUUCGCUAUCUUGGGCCCCGCUGUUGUCGUGGCCCAGGGUGUCAGCGAGAAAUUGCUCCGACUGUGAUCGGCGCCGCUGGCUGUGAGCCCAGCACUGCCGGGAAGUUCGUGAUUGCGACUGUGGAUGCCGAAGAGAGACUUCAUCGAGGACAACAUUGCCUGGGCAUCUUCCCAAUCCUUUGGUCACACCCCGGAGUCAAGAAGCGGCCAUUGAGGAGGUGAACAGUGUGGGUCCCUUCUGGGGGAUGGUUGAGAAUGGAGUCUUGGUGUUUGGUGGUACACAUCGUUGUUGGUGAAGUAAAGGUUUCGAGCGCAAUCGUCUGGAGUCUCUCCUCCUUGCAACCCAGCGAAGCCCACGAUUACAUCCAGGCACAGGGUCCCUUCAACCAGAGCUGCCGCUCUAUCUACGUUACCGUUUCCGUCAGCGCUAAUGUCGAACCUCGAUAUAAACCGCUUGGAAGGGCUGCAGCUGCUUCGCCAGUCAGUCCUGCCAACUACAGUCGUUUGCAGGCGCCUUCAUUAAGAGAACGGACCAAACUACAAGAUCAGCUGACGGUCGUAUUCGUUCGGCUGCCAACGACGCAGACCACGACACGGACUUUCUCCCUAUGGGGUGUCGAGUUUGAAAAGAUGGAGACCCCCACUUAUGCCAUCAACAACCGUGAUGGCAUGCUCCUCCGUGGCCAUCGUCUGACUGUUCAGCGUAAACAGUCAAAGUUCGCCAACACUCGCCUUGCCACCCUAUACAUCGACAACAUUGAGCUGGCCGAGGUCAACAAGACUGCGCCUCACCACGAUAUUUAA